GACCAUGAAGUUUGUCGUUGUCGGCCUCGUGGUGCUCGCCGCUCUCUGCGCUCUCGCUGCCGGCGAGGGUGCUCAGCUCCUUGCCCGCAAGGACAUUCUCUCCUCCACCGUCGUCAAGGACCGCGACAUGACCAUCCAGUUUACCGUCUUCAACGUCGGCUCCAGCACGGCGUACGACAUCAAGCUUGACGAUGUCGAGCACAACGACGAGCUGUUCGAGCUCAAGGUCGGCCUCCCGUCUGUCUCGUGGCCCGUCCUCCCCGCCGGCGCCAACCUCACCCAUACCUACGUGGUCGUGCCCAAGUUUGAGGGUGUCAUCCCCAUCGGCGGCGCCCGCCUCUCUUACCGCCCUACCCGUGGCGCCGAUGUCAAGUACGCCGUCACCUCGGCGCUCGGCGAGCUCCCGGUCAACUCGCUCCAGCUCUUCCGCAAGAUCCACGGCGGCAACUACGAGGUCUUUGGCAAGUUCCUGGGUGCGGCUGUUGCCACCCUCGUCUUCCCCUUCCUCCUCUGGGCCUACGCCCGGGCCACCACUACCGAUGGCCUUGCCAACUCGAAGCGCUAA